AUGGCUUGCCAACGCGAUCUUGUCGAGGCAAUGGAAGAUGAGGCCCUUGUGGAUGUCGUUUUGGUCGGAACCGAUAAUCUUGAAAUUCCUUGCACCAAGUUUGUACUGGCAACUCGGAGUCCCGUCUUCAAGAAGAUGUUCUUUGCUGGAUUCCAAGAUAAAGAACGAGCUCCUUUGGACUAUCCGUCUGUUGUCCUGAGAGUUCUCGUCAAAUAUUGCUAUUCUGACGAAAUUGAUUUGGAUCUCAUACUAAAGAAUGAUGAAUGUUUGACGGACCAGGAAGCCAUAGCCCUGAUUCAAAUACGAGAUGCUGCCCGUUAUUUUGAGUUAUUUGCCGUAGCAAACAAUAUCGAAAAUCAAAUUGGAGAGUCAGUCUUUCAUUUGAAGGAUACCCGAUGUGUCUGUGCCAUAUUGUCAGAGCUUAUGCAUCGAAUUGAUGAUGAAGGUCCAUUUUGGGAUAUGUUCCUUCAACUUGUCAUUCACAAGCCAGACGAGUGUCUGCUUCCGAAAGGUCCAUCAGAAGCCAAUCAAGGAGCGAUGGCCUGUGACCCUCGACUGCUUGCGAAACUACUUGAUCUGGUCACAGAUAAAGAUGUUGUGGUUCGGUGUCUUCAGAAGUGGUUUGAAGAUGCAUCGUCCAUAGACGACGAAAGCAAUGCAAACCUUUUGGAAGUUUCCAAACGAGUCGACUUGAAGGAACUCUCGCCUUUGCAACUGUCCGCGAUCAAACCAAGUCCACUAUUUCCCAUUGCCAGAAUCUAUGAAGCAUUUGUCCAUCACGGCAAGCAAGCGAAGGCACCCAAACCACAAAGUUUGAACAACGUGAUAUAUGUUUCUGGAUCUGGUGUCAAAGGAUUAGAUGGAUACUACUACCGGCCUUCUUCGACGUGUCCUUCAGUACCAAAUAUGUACCAGAAGGAAGGAAAGUAUGCCGAAAUGGCGUGCCAUUUCGAGUUGAAGUGGUUACCAGUAGACCGCAAAUGGAUAAUUUCUAUGAAAACCAAGGACAAGAACAGUGUUCCACUCAACAUGUAUGAAGCAUAUCCUACCGAAGAUACCGAGACAACUCAACCACCGUUCAAGUUUUGGAAAUGUGUUGAAGGUGCUGAGCCAGCUCCGCUUGUGACAAUGAUCGACACUCCGAGUCCGUUGCCUAAACACUUACCAAAACCACCGUCUCCCGCUAGAUCGCCUCAGGCUCCAACACAAUCUGCUGGUUUCCGUACUUUCAGGCCUAAUGCGUUCAGCUUCGGUAGCAUCUCGCAGCCAAUAGAGCCAACACGGCCUGAUGGGUUCAGCUUCGGUAGCGUCACACAGCCAAUACGAGUUGAUGGAUCUCCUUCCCAACCUGGUCAAGGAGAUGGCAGUCGACGCCGUGCGGUUCGAGCUCGUCGACCAUUCAAUGCCGCUUGA